AUGUCGUCGUUGGAGCAGGACUAUCGAGACUUUCUGGACAUUUACUGUCCAGCCUUCUUCUUUGCUACACUGAUCAUGCAAUUCAUCGUCCUGUAUUUCAUCAUAUUCUUUGCUGGAAAGAUGUCGGCCCCAUUUCGGAUCAUGCUCGCUCACACAUCGAUUUGUCAACUCAUUCUUCUCUUCAUCACAAUGUCCUGCCAAUUUCGGAUGAUUUCAUCUCACGUUCCAGUGGAGGUGCGCGUCUAUGGACCACUUCGAUUUGUCAAAGCAAUCUACACGUAUACUCUUCAUCAGGCCUGGCAAUUCUUCAUGUUCAUGAGCGGAAUGACGAUCAUUGUCACCCUCUUCUUCAAGUUGAUGACUGUUAAUGCAAUGUUUGCCAAGAAGUGGCCGAUGUUCAUCGCUUUUUGCAUCUUUCAUAUUCCAGUCGUUUUCUCUGGGGGUCUCGAAGUUUACUUGGUUAUCACUGCGGCACUUCCAGCGGAAAUUCAACAAGCUCUUGCUCUCCGAAACAUUGAUGUGUCUCUCUAUUCUGUAACUGGAACUCUUCGACUUCAAACUGUCAGCCUGAUUAAUUUCAUCAUCAUGGUCGGAGCAGUUUUUGUGUACCCUAUUGCUAGUUUCUUCAUCGCAGCGCGCACUCUGUUCUUGCUCAACCGUCACGUUCUUUCGAAAACUGGAAAAGCGGAACAUCGUUCCUUCAUUGCCGGUCUCUGCCUCCAAUCGUUGCUCCCGGUUCUCACUUACUUCCCGACCUUUGUUCUCUACGUUCAUUGUGUCCUCACAGGAACCGAAAUGCUCUUCCAACAGUACGGAAUCUACCUAAUGCCAACCACUCCAGCUCUCAUUGACCCAUUCCUCACGUUGACCUUCAUGGUCCCGUUCCGGAAUAGAAUCCUGACUUGGGUUGGACUCAGAAAGCCGAGAGUGGUUAACUCGAACAAUCUUAUGAGUGUCACAAGAUCUUUCACUUAA